GCAGUUUGCUGAGGGAAGCAGCGCUGCGGCACUCAGCGCGCUUUCCCGCGCAAUUUUUCUCUGGAAAAAAACCAGCAAAAACUACCUUUUUCUCCCACAGAAUCGAAGCGUUCCCUCAUCUCCCCCCCUCCCUCCCCUCCCAGCUUGGGGAGCCGCAGAAGGCAGCUAUGGGAGUUUCGCUUCUUCUAGCAAGACCUUCCCUCCUGGCCUGGAGACCCCUCACACAGCGAUUCCCCAGCUGGGUGAGCCGACCCACCAGCCCAUCGGAUGAAGCGCAGGAGCUUCCACUACCAGCAGAAACACUCGUGUUGAAAUCCUGAAAGAAUCCCUAACCUGCAGAUGGGGAAAUUCUUCUAGGACAGCAGAGAUGGCGAGCAACCUCAGAUUCUGAAGGGGAUGGCUUGCUCAGCAUUUAUCCGAGAUUGAGCAUGGAACUGACCACGCUUUUGAAAAGCAACAUCAAAUGUAAUAUUUGGAAAAUAACUAAACUUUACAGACUCUCCAUCCAGCUGCUCGCAGUACCCACAUCAGGGAGGCUUUGGGAGUCAACACUGAGACAAACUAUGCCGUGCGGUACUGAAGGAAGGCAUGCAGGAUUUCCAAGGCAAUGUAUUGAUUCUUGUGAGGCUCUGGGACAUUUGAAAGUGGUUUGGAGAGAGCAAAGUCUGUGUCUGAUGGACACCGAACCAAAGCCAGCGUGUGUCGUGCAGCAGGCUCACUGCCCAGGAAUGAAGUGCCCUCCUUCAGAGGACUUUCCUCCCCAGAUAAGACUGUCUGAAAAGAUACCACCAGUGAAGCCAUGCUUCAAGAAGAAGCAGCAAGUGCAGAAGAGACUGGACACAGAAACUCUCCGGGCUUUGCGGCCGAUCUUUACCAGUUUGCUGGGAGCUGGGACCUUGAAUAGGGUCUUUGUGACCCGAGGCCAAAGUGGCGGUCAUAGUGAUUUAUGUGAACCUGCUGUGAAAAAGACUCUGGACCUUGGUACUUCUUGCCCUCAACCAGAAAAUAAUGUGACUGUGCUGAUGCCAACAGCUCCAGAUGUGCAGGCUCAAUUGCCAGCAGCUCGUCCUCCUUCUGGGCAUCCUGAGCAGGACGUCCGCCGGGUGGGAGAGCAAGGCUUCUCAUCAGAAACUGCUCCUGGAACUGCUGCUGAUAAUAACAGUGAAUCAUUCCAGGAUCAUCCUUUGCACCCAGCUGCUAGCGAUGGUGCGGCUUGUCCUUUGUUCCCAGACAAGAUUCUGGAAAGCUACACAUCUGGCUUAUUCCAAGAGAAUAGCUGUCCAAUGCAAUACAAUUUGAACCCAAGCAAUAAAUUCGGUGCUGGGAUAUUCCAGGAUAAAAGUGAAGAAGCUUCUCUCGAUCUGGUCUUUGAACUCUUGAACCAGCUGCAAUAUCACACCCAUCAGGAAGACGGAAUAGAAAUCUGUGUGGAUUUUCUCCAGGGCACUUGUGUUUAUGGCAGCGAUUGUCCCAAACAUCACACAGUCUUGCCUUAUCAUUGGCAAGUGAGAAGGACAGCAACGCAGAGCUGGCAAAGUGUGACCAACGAUUCACAGGAGCAUCUGGAAAGACUCUACUGCAACCCUGACAAUGACAGGAUCAAAGUGAAAUAUCGGGGACAUGAGUUUUGGGUGGAUUUGAAUGUUAUGAAAUUACAAGAAACUGUUGAGUUUGACCAAAUGCGGCGGCUGUCUACACCUUCCUGCCCCAGCUCCAGCUCCAACUACUACACGGUCUGGAAAUACUUCUGCAGGGACCACUUUGGCUGGAGAGAAUACUCCGAGCCUGUUGUAAGAUUGAUAGAAGCAGCCACCUGCCGGGGUCUGAAAGAGGUUCGGUUUGUUACCUGGCAUAAUCAGUAUAUCUUAAACAUCAAAGAUGGAUUCCAGCAAAAUGCGUGUUACAGAAGAGAAAUCAAGAGGAGACCGCUGCUUCGCUCAUGCAUUGUGCUGAUGCCGUUUUUACAGACCUUAGGUGGCAACUCUGCAGUGCCCCCUCUGUCAGCUGAACCAGCUUCCUCACAUCUCUUAUCUCCAGCUGCUGUUACCUCUCCCAACUUCUACCCUGACACCUGGAUUAGUAUGGAUCCAGCUCAGGACUUCGUCCAAGUGCCUGUUCUGAAGGAAGAUAAAAGCUAUAGAACCAUUUAUAACCUGUUUCACAAGACUGUGCCAGAGACCAAAUACAAAAUUUUGAAAAUUUUGAGAGUGCAAAAUCAGUUUCUUUGGGAGAAAUAUAAAAGGAAAAAGGAAUAUAUGUCAAAAAAAAUGACUGGGCUUGACAGGAUAAUGAACGAAAGGCAUUUGUUCCAUGGCACCUCCCAGGACGUGGUGGAUGGAAUCUGCAAGCACAACUUCGACCCGCGCGUCUGCGGGAAGCAUGCCACCAUGUUUGGGCAGGGCAGUUACUUUGCCAGAAAGGCAAGUUACUCCCAUAACUUUUCCAAAAGGUCACCCAGAGGCGUUCAUUACAUGUUCCUGGCAAAAGUACUGACGGGAAGGUACACGGUGGGAAACCACACCAUGAGGAGACCUCCACCGGUCAACCCCGGCAGCAUUACCAGCGACCUCUAUGACUCUUGUGUGGACAAUUACUUUGAGCCUCAGAUUUUUGUCAUUUUUAACGAUGAUCAGAGCUACCCUUAUUUCAUCAUCCAAUACGAAGAAGUUAGCAACACUGUCUCCAUUUGAAAACUUGUGCUGCUAAAUUAUUAAUUGUAAUAAACUCUCUUAUCUCGCAUUGGUAGCAGUCUUGGGGGGACAAGAAAAAGAAAAAAAAAAUUGGACGUUGCAGAACUGAUUAAAUUACUUGCUUGGAAGGAACUAAAUCUCAAAAUGUAGAAAAGAAGAUCUGAAGUGACCAAUUGUGCACUUGCUGUUUGAUUAUGUAUGUGCAAAUUGUAAAUAUUUUUCCAUUGUUUAUAGUUGAAAAUCUGUGCCUUUUGUUAUAAAACACUGUUUAUUUAUGUUAGUAAAUAUUCAUGUUUAAAAAUG